CUAUUUUUCUUCUACCUCCUCCCCCCCUCCGUUCCCAACCCCUUGCUCCUUCCUUGCACUUCUAUUUCUCUCGGCUCCUCCCCCCUCCCUCCAUCUGUCUUCUCCUGAUGGCGGAAAUCGAAGAACUCUGGAGGUCUGCUCUCCGAUGGGAAAAAGAAUUGGCCUCCAUCCUUAAUGAUCAUCCGAAUGCACGCAGUGUGGACAAUGCUAUCUUCCAGUACGUCAUCUUUAGAAUGACUGCGUGAGGCCUACGUCAACAUCAUCUUUGUCGAUUGCCGGCUUGCACUGGAACGGGAUGUUGAAGCAUCACAAAACUAUCGAACGCUAUAGAGUAAUUCUUAGCCAGUUUCAGGAAAUUCAUGGAAGAAAACGUCCCGUCGAACUCCGCAAGCUGCAGAACUCCUUCAUCAACUUUAUCAAGCAGGCCACCCGUUUCUACCGCUCCUUGAUUCAGCGGCUGAUCUCCCACUUUGGACUUGCUGAGCUCGAGUGGGUAAUUCGCAAAUUCAAUCUCUCCCUCGAUUUUCCUGCUACCGGCCCCCCAAGUUAUGAGGCUGACAUCAAACGGCUGGUUAUCUCUUCCUGUCACCGAACCCUCGUCUUCCUGGGGGAUCUCUCACGCUAUAGAGAAGCUUCACAGAGCCCCAAGAACUGGGGCCCUGCCACCGGUUAUUACACUCUUGCAAAGAAGCUUGUUCCUACGCUAGGGUCCCCGCACAAUCAACUUGCUGUGAUCGCGCUAAAUGAGGGCUCCAAUCUCUCAGCCACCUAUCACCUCUACCGAGCUCUCUCCGUUGCAGAACCAUUCCCGGAAGCUGGAGAUAACCUCGCCGUUGGUUUCCGCAAAGUUCUCAAAGCGCAUAAAGCCGGCAAUUUGACAGCGAGUCUUGCCCGAAAAGAAGAACAGGUUAUCCAUGAACUCGUGGCUCUAUUCGUAAGACUCCACGCGAAAUGUUUUGCUGGUAAAGAAUUCUCAGAUUACGAGGCCAUGGAGAGUGAAAUGUUGAUGCAGUUGGCGCUCGAUCUGAAAGAGCGGACCAUGUCAAAUGGGAUGUUGACCAAAUUCGUUCUAAUAAAUAUCGCGGCGCAGUUCUACGCCGCCAAUAGAAGUCCCAAAGUCAACUUCUCUCGUUCGCAUUCCUACUUCCUUCGUCUAAAUGUCGCGACUUUUACCACUCUCCACCAAGUCUUCCAACCAGAGCUCGAGCGCCUAUUUGACGACAAAACCGAGAACGAGAUAGAACCGAUCUCAGCGGUGGGCAGGCGUAUGCUGCCGGCACUGAGGUUGUACAGUACCUGGUUGCGAAUAAAUCACCCAACCUUAACUGGGCAACUGGCGGACACUUCCCUCUCCGUGUUAAUCCGGCAACUCUGGCAGACGUACGCCAAUACACUUUCUCUCCUCGGCGCCACUUUCCCCAUUGACCGCCUUCCAAGGCUCUCCUACCUCCUUGAAGAAGACGACGAUACGAUCGGCUACUUGCCUUUCAGUCAAGCAAACGGCUCAACAGCCUACAACUGGGGCGAUGAGAGCAAAGAGAAAGCGCACCCGAAUGACGAGAUGCUAGCACGCAUACUCUCGUUACUGGAGGACGGUAGAUUACUCUGCCUUGAAGAAAACAUCCCGAUAACCAUCUCCAACACCACAAUUCUCUACCAAGAACACGGCAUCCCAAGCAGCACGCCAUCAACAGACAUGAGCUCAUUAUACCACUCGCAAGCCCACCCCUCAACCCCAACCUCACCCUACGACCGCAUCGACACCUCAGUGCCCGCGCACCUGAGCAACGAAUUUUCGCAGGGCAUGGGCAUACGCAGGCCUAGCGAGAGCGUACUCGCUCAAGGGGGCGAUAGCAUCGUUGGGUCGGUCGCGGGCUCCGAGACUACGAUGAACAAAAUGGUGGACUUGCUUGUUGGCCCUAGGGAGGUGGUCCGAUGCGAAGAGGAGGAGGAGAUUCUGUUUGAAGGAAAGAGAAGAGGAAGGAAGAAGGGGGAAAUGUACAGCAGGAAUCAGGACACGGAGGCCACCGGGGGCGUGGGGGGCGAAGGGCCCCUAGCCAACCUUGCGGGACCGGCCUCAUCGGCGGAGGCCUAUACGGCGAGGGAUCUAGCAGCCCUGGUGCAGAACUUUACAACGACGCAUCAUUCUGGGGGGAGUACUUGAGGGUUUCCCUGUUUUUCUCUCACAUUGAUAUUGAUUAUUUGAAUUCUCAAAAUGGAUAUUAUUAUGGUAGAUGGUCGUUUUCCGAGUGCGAUGGUAUGAUUCUACAGUACUGGAGAGUUGGGGCUAGCUUAAGGAUUAGCGCAGUCCGUCGUUAAAAUAGCCCUGUACGGUUUUUUUAUACAGUUAAUUGAUUAUCUGCUAUUUUA